AUGACCAUUGUGCGAACUAUCCUUGCUCUUGCUGCAUCCAAAUCUUGGCCAUUACAUCAAAUGGAUGUCAAAAAUGCAUUCCUCCAUGGUGACCUUAAGGAGGAAGUUUACAUCACACUUCCUGGUGGUAUGUCGACUCUCUCCCCGAAUACUGUUUGCAAAUUAAAACGAUCUUUAUAUGGCUUGAAGCAGGCCCCAAGAGUAUGGUUUGAAAAGUUUCGCUCUACUCUUCUUGGUUUUUCUUUCAAUCAAAGUCAAUAUGAUCCAUCACUCUUCCUUCAAUGGACUCCUAAAGGGAUCGUCAUACUUCUUGUUUAUGUGGAUGACAUUGUGGUCACUGGUUUUGAUCAAGAUGUUAUUUCUAGAAUCAAACAAAUGUUGAAUUCAACUUUUCACAUGAAAGAGUUAGGCCAUCUCAAUUAUUUCUUGGGUUUAGAGGUCCAUUACCAUCUUGAAGGUACUUUUGUAAAUCAGCAUAAAUAUAUUCAAGAUUUGGUCCAGCUAGCGGGACUCACCAAUGCUACCCCUGUUGACACUCCAAUGGAAGUUAACGUUAAAUAUAGGCAACAUGAAGGAGAGCUUCUUGACGAUCCCACUCAAUAUCGGAAACUAGUUGGUAGUCUCAUCUAUGUGACUAUCACUCGCCCUGAUAUUUCUUAUGUUGUACACACUGUUAGUAAGUUCAUGCAAUCUCCAAGGCACUUCCAUUUUUCAGCAGUACAACGUAUCAUUAAAUAUCUCCUUGGCACCUCAAGUCGUGGUUUAUUCUUUCCUGGUAAUUCUUCUCUUCAACUCCAAGCUUAUAGUGAUGCUGAUUGGGCUGGUUGUCCAGACACUAGGAGAUCAACUACUGGCUGGUGUAUGUUCCUAGGGAAUGCUCCUAUUUCAUGGAAAUGUAAGAAACAACACUCAGUCUCCAAGUCGUCCACUGAAGCAGAAUAUCGCGCAAUGUCUGCUGCUUGUUCUGAAAUAACAUGGCUACGUGGUCUUCUUACAGAACUUGGAGUUUCUCAAGCACAACCCACUCCACUACAUACUGAUAACACCAGUGCCAUACAGAUUGCAGCAAAUCCAGUUUACCAUGAACGGACGAAACACAUUGAGGUCAACUAUCAUUCUAUCCGAGAAGCAUAUGAUCGUAGGGUCAUCACUCUACCACAUGUCUCCACAGUUGUUCAAAUAGGUGACAUUUUCACUAAAUCAUUGCCACGCCAGCGUCACAAUUUUCUACUUGGCAAAUUGAUGCUUGUAGAUUCACCAGCAUCAAUUUGA